AGUCAACUCUGCUAGCUGAUUGCUGCCAUCUACGUUAGUGAUUCACGCCCAAACAAGACAAGUGUUGUUUUAAUUUGUCAUUAUGAAUCACAUUAGAAACUGACGUAAUUAGUGUACAAAACAAAAAUAAGUUUAAGAUAAAAGGCAAUUCGGGACGAAACUUCGACAUUCCCGGGCCAGAUCGAGCAGCCAUGAAUGGGAUGUUGGGUUCGGGUGAUCUCAUCAAAUUGAAUGUUGGUGGUACGCGGUUCUCUACAUCUCGACAGACCUUGACUUGGAUUCCGGAUUCAUUUUUUUCUAGCUUAUUGAGUGGAAGGAUAUCAUCAGUCAAAGAUGAAACAGGAGCAAUAUUUAUUGAUAGAGACCCUAGCUUCUUUGUGCCUAUCUUGAAUUAUUUGAGGACCAAGGAGCUCAAUAUCAAAGGCUUUGAUAUACAGGCACUCAAACACGAGGCUGAAUUCUAUGGCAUAUCACCAUUGGUAAAAAAGCUGACAUUAUGCGAGGAACUUGACCGGUCGUCUUGUGGCAGUGUACUGUUUCAUGGCUUUCUUCCCCCAUCUCCUUUUCCUGUCAGACAUGACUUGAUAGAUCAACAGAGGUAUAGCUUCGCUAGCGAGGCGGAGCUCAGAACAAGACCGGGAUCCAGAGGGGGUUCAGGACGGGAUCAAAGACCUGCCUCAGCGAUUGAUAUCAGACAUUCCAAGCAUGAUCUAGAUAUACCACUAGAUGCAAGCAUUGAUCCACGCCGAGUGCUCAUCGUCAGCGGCCACCACAACUGGAUCGUGCUGGCCUAUGCUCACUUUGUCUGUUGCUACCGCAUCAAGGAGUCGACGGGAUGGCAUCUCGUCUUCCAGUCUCCCCACCUGGAGCAGACAGUGCACAGGGUCGCUCUUAACCCCAAGGUGGGCGGGGCAGCCCAUAUUGAGAACAGGGAGAAGAUGGUUGCCGUGGCGUUUGGUAGCCAGAUCAGGAUGUGGAGCAGUAAUGAAGGAGAGGAGAAAGUGGAAAUUGGGACCUUUAACCUUGGUGUGAAGGUGGAUAGUCUUUUCUUCAUUGGUAGUCAGCUAGUAGCCACCAGUCACGUUGGCAAGGUCGGGGUGUGGCAUGCCCUGACACAGACAUGGCAGGUUCAAGAUGUCAAUCCAAUAGCCAGCUAUGACACGGCAGGGUCUUUCCUGUUACUUGGAUGUACAAAUGGAUCUAUAUACUACAUAGAUAUGCAAAAGUUUCCAUUGAGAAUCAAAGACAAGGAUCUACUGGUUACCGAGUUAUACAAGGACCCCGCCAACGAUGCCGUCACAGCUCUCAGUGUGUACCUGACACCAAAAAGCAGUUUGAGUGGAAACUGGAUUGAGAUAGCAUAUGGAACUAGCUCUGGCAAGGUCCGGGUCAUCGUCCAGCACCCAGAAACAGUCGGUCAAGGACCUCAGCUCUUCCAGACCUUCACCGUUCAUCGCAAUCCUAUCACUAAGGUUAUGCUUUCAGAGAAAUACUUGGUUUCUGUCUGUUCUGAGUACAACCACGCCCGUACGUGGACGGUGACCCGGUUCAGAGGGAUGAUCUCUACUCAACCAGGGUCGACUCCUUUGGCUUCCUUUAAAGUAUUGUCUCUGGAAGACUCAGAGCCAUAUCCUUGCCAUCAGGCUGGCAAUGACAUUGGGCCAUUUGGAGAGAGGGAUGAUCAACAAGUGUUUGUUCAGAAGGUAGUCCCAGAUACCGACCAAGUCUAUGUUAGACUAUCAUCUACUGGGCAGAGGGUGUGUCAAAUCAGAUCGGUAGACGGCAGCAGCAUCUCGUCAUUUUGCGUCCACGAGUGCGAGGGGUCAAGUAGAAUGGGGUCACGACCUCGGAGGUAUCUCUUUACAGGUCAUGCCAACGGUGGUGUGCAGAUGUGGGAUCUGACCACUGCCAUGGACAUAUUCAACAAGAAUGAAAAAGUAGAAAAGAGUUCAGCAGAAGGUCUUCCCGGUGGGCCCACUGAAGAGGAGCUCAUCAAGCUCCUCGGAGGGUGCGACGUGAGCGCCUCCCGGUGCACCACGCCCUCCAUGAGCCCCGCCUCCUCCCAGCUCAUCCCCCUCCUACGCACCACCCAGCUGCGAGCUUCCAGCACCACGCUUCGCCAACCCAGCAUGGAGGAGAUCCACCCGAGAGGAGCCGAGGGGGGCCAGGAUGAGGGAAGCGAUGGAGAUCAUCAACCGAUGCACAGGGAUGGGGUCGGUGGCCUUGCUGAAGCGUGGAAGGAGGGUAGUUCACAUACUCCACCUCAUAAAAUUUCUCAUUGUUGAUACCUGUGGAUAUACAGAUUAAAUCUGUCCAUAGUAUCAUUUUAAUUUUCCUCUUAAAGGCCUAAAGAUGCAUGAAACCUCAGUCGAUAGAUUGUGGUUUCACAAACCAGUGACAUGGGAUCGAGUCCCAGUUGGUGGGCUAUUUAUGUCCUGUAUAAGGGACAGGUGUUAAUAUAUUAUUCUUUCUUGCCUUUGCACACUCCUCGAAGCUGUAAUUUGUAUUAGGCUAUUUCAUCAUCAUCAUCAUGUGGGGAAUGAAUCAUUGUCUGAUGGCUAGAGAGGUGCAUUUUUCUAGGGAUUUUUUAAAGGGAUUUUUGUGAUAAAAUGCAGAUUUCUUAGAAAUAAUUAUUUAUAAACUUGAGGAAUGUUGCAAUAUCUAUGUAGGUAACUUUGGGCCCUGUAAGUGUAACGUAAAGAAAUACAAUCAAUCUCUGCACUUGAUUCUAGCUUCAUGUACAGAAUUUUCUGUAUGUAAGAGAUAGGAUAGUAAGUUGAGCUCUUUGUGAGUGACAAAUUAUGUUUCUCAAGACAGUCACACAACUGUGUCUGCCCCUGGUCAUACAAUUUAAAAACUAACGUAUAAUUUGUCAUAAAUACAGGGCGAUGGUUUGUCUGCUUCAUUUAUAAUUAUAUGCUGCAUUUCACAUGAUUAAGUCUCUGUCAGUUUAUUUUACAUUGUUGUUUUAUCUUUUUAUUUAAUAUGACCUCUUGUUAUGUCACAAACAGGUGUGAAUCACUGUGAGGUUUUACAAUAAAAAUAGAAUUUAUGAGAAUGGUAAAUGUGAAAGUUGAUAGCAACUUUUGUGGCUUACUCUAGAGAGGUGUCCAAUUAUUAAUUUUAGAAUCAUAUUGAUUUCAACAAAAUGUCAAUUUUUGUUCAAUACCUGGGGCUGGAUGUGUUCUUCAACAUCCAAAAGGCAUAAUUCUGUAUCCAAGCACAUUUUGCCAAGUCUGGAAUACUAGUACUCCCCAGGGAGUGAAAGAUGUGCAUAAAUUGUGUGCUUGGAUGACUUAUCGAAUCUGGAGACAGCGGUAAUAAUGAAUAGGUAAAUACAUGUGUACAAUGUAUGUUGUAACCAGAUUAUAUUAUUUAGUGUAUGCUCAAAUACAUGUUGAUAAAUUUCAUUUUUUAUAUUUUUGUAUUGAUUUGUAUUUAUUGCUAUUUUUUCUAUUAAAAAUACAUAUUUUUCAUCAUUCAUUGAUAAGAAUGAUAUUCAGUGCUCUUAGUUCAGGCCUUUUAGUCUUUCUGUUUGUUUUGUUUUUUGUUGUUUGUAUAAUUAAGAAUAGGCUUCCAUGUAUAUUCAUGAAGACUUCUUGGAUUUUCUGGUUGGUUCUGUGGAAUUAGUAUGUUCAGAAGGCUACUUGGCUUAGACAACAUGAAAUGAAUGAGACAUGUGAAAUAAAUACAUUAGUGAUCUAGUGCUGUAGACUUGCAAGGUAUGCUUCAUGGAAAUGUCCAGUAUUUUAUUUCUAUUGUGUUUUCAUGUCUUUUUUCCUAUCUUUAUUCUCUUUCUCCUCCCCCCUCACACUCUCUUUCCCCUCCCUCUCUCCUCCCUCCCUCUCUCUUCUCCAAUCUUUGCACAUAAACAAGUGGUUCUGGUAUCCACAGAUGUGUUGACCUCUCUUCACUCGUUCAUGUAGGAAAUGACUAAAAUGUCUUAAUAUACAUGUUGUACAUGUGCACAUUAUAUUUGAUGUAAAUAGGUUUAAGUGCAAAGAAUAAAGCAUUGAUAUAAUAUAUUGUCAAAGAAUAACUAAUGUAAUAAAUCUUUGUUCUAUUGAAAGAACUCAA